CUCACUCCAAUCAAAACGGGUUUAAGCUCUCCUUGAAUGUUUUGUUUCUGAAAGACUAUUUGAAAUUAAUUUUUCUUUGAACAUUUUUGUUUGUUCAAUUUCAAUAAAUUUUCUUUCUUCAUCAUUGUUAAAAAUGGAAGAAGAAUUUGAAGAUAGCUCACGCAAAAAUACUCCUAUUAGCCGGAAGAGGAGUUUUAUCAAAACAGACGAUGAAUCGUUUUUCCCAACCACUGCAAGGACUAAUGGAAUCGAUGCAAUUCCAAAAUUUAACUCAUUGGAUGAUUCACUUUUCAAAAGAAGAAGUCGAAGCAACAGCCUAUUAAAUACAACAGACGAAAUAGAAUAUGAAACACAAAAUCUCGCCUUGAAACAUACACUUUCAUCGGAUAGCCUCGUCUCUAGAGGCUCAAGAAACUUUUCACGUCACAGUCCUUUGGGAAGUUUUCGAAGCAUUCGAAAUUCCACGAGAAGAGAAUCCGAUCGAAAUGGCAUUAAUAUGGUUAUGGUUAUUGGAUUUUCAAUGGUCAUAGCUUUUGGAUACGUUUUCAACAAAAUUGAAAUAUUUUUAAAAUGGUUUCAAUUAAUAUUAAAUGAAUUGAAAUUGCAUUUAUUCGGAGGAAAAUCAAUACGAGAAUUUUAUAGACAAGAAACAUCUAUGGCAAAGAAAUGUCUGUACAGCCCAAUAAGUGGAUUGUAUUAUGUGUUACAAAUGUUAAUUUAUGUUUUCUUAAAAACUUUUGAAAUUCUAAAAAAACCAGCUCCCAAAGCAUUGGUAAAAAAUGUAUUUUCUCGUUAUAUAAAGGAUUAAAAUGUUUUUAAAUGUU